AUGGAACUUCAGAAUCGCUUUCGAUCUUUCAGGUUCGGUGUAAUUCAGCGAAUCUAGACUAGUGAGAGAAAGAUAUAGAGAUAAAGAGAGAGAGUAUCAAUGGCGGGCGUAUCCCUCAAGUGCGGGGACUGCGGCGUCCUAUUGAAAUCGGUAGAAGAAGCUCAAGAACAUGCUGAGUUAACUCAACAUUCCAAUUUCAGUGAAUCAACUGAGGCCGUCCUCAAUCUUGUCUGUUCUACCUGUAGCAAACCUUGUCGCUCCAAGACUGAGAGUGACUUGCAUACUAAGAGGACCGGGCAUACUGAGUUUCAGGAUAAGACUUUUGAGGCGGUAAAGCCUAUUGUUUUGGAGGUCCCUAAGGAUGUCAAGAAUGAUGUUGAAAUGGGAGAGGGAUCUGGAGGAAGUGCUAGCAAUCAGCCUGAAGAGAUGGUUGUUGCAGAAGUUGACCAAAAUUUGCUUGAGGAACUUGAAGAGAUGGGAUUUCCAAAGGCAAAGGCAACCAGGGCACUUCAUUUUUCCGGAAAUUCCAGUCUGGAGGCUGCUGUAAAUUGGACAAUGGAACAUGAGGAUGAUGCAGAUAUAGAUCAGAUGCCCAUGGUGCCUAUCGGUAGCAAAAAUGAGGCUCCUAAGCCUUCUCUUACUCCUGAAGAGAUUAAGAUAAAACAACAAGAACUAAGAGAGCGAGCUCGCAAGAAGAAAGAAGAGGAAGAAAGGCUGUCAGAAAGGGAGAAAGAGAAGGAGAGGAUUCGGAUUGGUAAGGACCUCCUUGAAGCAAAGAGAGCAGAGGAAGAUAAUGAAAGAAAACGCAUAAUAGCAUUGCGUAAGGCUGAGAAAGAAGAGGAGAAAAGAGCUAGGGAGAGAAUUCGACAGAAGCUGGAGGAAGAUAAGGCAGAAAGAAGGAGGAAGCUUGGAUUGGCUCCAGAAGAUCCUUCUACAGUUAAAGUUGUUACUCCAGUUGUGGAGGAAAAAAAGAGCUCCUUGCCUAUCAGGCCUGCUACAAAAACAGAGCAAAUGAGAGAGUGCCUAAGAUCUCUUAAGCAGAACCAUAAGGAUGACGAAGCCAAAGUGAAAAAGGCGUUUGAGACGCUUUUAACAUUUGUAAAGAAUGCUGCAACAAAUCCUACUGAGGAGAAGUUCCGCAAGAUUAGAGUCACCAAUGCAAAUUUUCAGGCUCGAGUGGGUGCACUAAAAGGUGGAGUGGAAUUUCUUGAGCUGUGCGGUUUUGAAAAGAUUGAAGGUGGUGAGUACUUAUUUCUCCCCAUUGAAAAAGUUGACAAAACAGUGCUCUACUCAGCUGGAAGUGAGUUAAGUAGCGCAAUAAACAACCCCUUUUUCGGUGUUCUUUAGUAAGAAGUACUUGAUUUGAAAAGAACUAUUUCCAAUUUGAUGGUUUGGGCAGCAGGAACACUUUUGGUUUCUAUUUUACCUUUUUAAUCACUCUGUUUUUGGAUCUCUACAAUCUUGUUUUUUUUUUCAUUUCAAAUGCCAUUACAUCCAACUGUUAAAGAAACCAAUUACUUCGUUGUUUAUCUAAUAAUGUCUAUGGUCUUAUUACUUUUGGGUUA